AUGCGAGCUCAUGGAUUGUUGCCAAAAGAAGCCAUCAUCAACAAAAAUAAUAAACUAACCACUACCACUAUGCCAAUACAAAAUGACAAAUCAUUUGAAACUAAUUCAAAUCAUUUUCCAUAUCAUAAUAAUUGCGAAGAAUUACCAAAUUCUGCUUUGUCAAGGUCUACAAUGUCUACACCGGAAUUUAAUUUGUCAGAAAAGAUUGCCAGAGAAACCUUUGAACAAACUAGGUCACGUCUUCAUAAUAUCUUUCAAUAUGAAAAGUAUAAGGUAUGA